AAAAGGGAUUGUGGCGACACGAGGAGACACUCAACACUCUUGGCUGCAUCUCCCCUCAGGAACUUCCGGAUCUGUUCCACAUUUUCUGCAUCCGUAAAUCCACAUCAAACGGUCGUUCUCUUGAACGUUGUGAUGAAUGAAGGCCACUCUUCAGGUCUUCCACUGAAGAGCGGCAAGUCCCGUCCAAUUUACUGACGAACGAGGAACUUAUCCGUUAAUGACGGGGCCGACUGACUAUUGCCUAAUGCUUUCAUUAAUGCUUGAUUCUGAGUUUGGAGAGAUUGCACAAUGGAGUCCAUGGCAGACGGAGGAGAAUUAUUGGUCGGCGCACUCACACCACACCCACUUCGCCAGACAUGAAACUCUUUUCUCAAUUUUCGUACUUCUUCUUGUUCAGGAUCACUCAAUUCUUCGUCUGAUCCCAGAUGUUGCUCUUCUUUUUCAUCAAGCUCAGCUAGAUUCACUUCUCCCUCAGAUUCUAAAUUCUUCUUCUACAAUGCAAUAGCUUCAAUCCGCUUUGAUGCUCGAAUCUUGGCUAUCUUCGCUUUACUUUUCUUAUCAGCCAAUUCAUUGCUACAUUUUGCAAUCUCUUGGUGUAACUUUACAAGUUCUUCAGGGUUGUGGAGGGGAUGAGUCGGCUCACAAAUGUCCGUCUUCCUCUUCACAUCUUCUUCAAAUGACUCGAUCUCACAUUGCGCAAUCUCCAUUGAUUCUUGCAGAUCAAUAAUCUCCUUGUCGAGGAUGGCAAUCUUCUUUUGCAACUCGGCCUUAGCUUGAGCCCUUCGCCGAGCGAAACUUGAUAAUGUAGACGGUACUGGAGACUUCUUGCUUCCAAACGGCCACAUUCUUGAAAGAAACGAUGGUCCUUCUUUAGUUGGACUUGUCGACGGCUGAAUGUCUUGAUCCUGGUCGUCGGGGUCAUUUACAAAUAAAUACAAUUGUACUUGUUUGUUUUGCAUUUUCAAUUUUCAUUUUGCAGUUCACAUUGUUUUAAGAAAAAUGUAAAUGGGACACUUCUUCUUCCUGUGAAGUCGUCGCCUUCUUUCCAUCUUUGCCCCAAGCUGGAGUGUAGCGCUGGGGUUCUCGUCUGGUCCGGUCACUACGGCGCCCACCCACUGGAGUCCUCUGUUCGCUAUUCAUUUCCAGGUAAUCAACAGACCCAGCAAACGACAAACAAUUAGUAUUUUCUGAUACUCUUUAAAACUGGACCGAUAUAACCUGGGAGUGCUGAACUUUGGGAAGAUAACCUGGGCUUCAGCAAACCACUUUCUCAGCUUUAUCUUUUCCCCCGGUUCCUGGGAUGGUGAUCACUCCAAUGAUCACGUAGAGGUCACCAAAAAUGUAGAAAUCCUUAUCUCUACCCGAGAAGAGGUCUCUAACUUAAAUGUGUUACUGGCAGUGAAAACCUUAACUUGGUAUGAAAUUAAUAGGACGAAUCAAACCUUAAUGUUAAAUGAAUUAACUAGACGAUUUAUUAAUAUUCACCACACAUUAGUUAAUUAAAUGUAAUCGAGAGGAUUAUAUCUUUAACUUUAUUUUAAUUAUUUAAAGUGGAACAUUUAACUUAUAUAAAAACGUUCUCUCUCUUUCUUCUCUUCUGCUCAAAACUGACAGAGACCAAAGACAAAGGGAUGGGAGGGAGCAUCUCAGAGGGACAUUUAAAUACUUGGGGCAACAUAAGGCUACAAAUAUCUGACACCGAAGGAAAUCCCGAACUUAUCCCGCAGUGUCGACAAUAUACAACAUCAUCAAUUCCAAGGGGAAACGGCGACAAACAGUUGCAUCAGGUCAAGAAAUACCACGAAAUAGCUACCCCCCAAAAAUAAAGAUUUCGGCUAUUUGAUCGGCUAACUGAUAAAGAAAAUCCUUCGAGUCAAAGAGAGAUUGCAAAUCACUGCUAGAUAUCCCAGACCCUUGUCCACCAAAUAAUAUACCAAGAUUUGGGAAAACCCGUUCAGAAAAAGGCCAUGGAACAUGCUCUGAAACCCUUUCACAAAGCAAACAGAAAAACCGACUGCCGGAAACUAAAUGAGGGUCAUCUUGCAGGUAGAAAAUCCGAAUUUAAGGUGAAAUCGGACGUGGCACUCUUCUUCGUUCAGGACUGCAACCAGAUCCGAAGAAUCUUUUACACGAAGGAAAGAAACCCAGUUUCCAUCUCGGGGUGUAAAAAAAGGAAAAGUUGUCGGAUCAAAUGAUGGUAGUUAUUGCAAUGUCGGGCCCUGGAGUGUUACAGUUGCUAACUGUGCGGUCCAAUGCGAAGAUUGUCUCGAAGUAUUAUGUGGGCAACAUUUUAUGAAAGUUCUUGGAUGUCAAAAUUCCAAAGAAGUAGCCCAGGGAGGUGCACAAAGUUUUCAUCCACCAUGACGCCGCAUCCUCACACAUGGCCAGAUUAACUCACCAUUGCGCCCAAGAUUUGAGGAGAAGGACCGGGAUGACCUCGAUCACCAACUCAGAGAUGCCCAUAGAGUCCCCUGACACAAGUCCGAUGGAAUUUUUUCAGAUUCGGAUACCUGAAACGAGGCCUUGAAAUAGGAGGACAUAAUAUUUUCCUGGUCUCCGGAAAGUUGUGAGGAAGGAGUGGUAACUUCUCGUCCCUGAAAUGUGCCAAAAGGAGUUCAAAAAUUGGAAACUGAGCCUGAGACUCGUUGCCAAGAUGGACGGGCAACACAUUGAGACCACCAAAACAAUUCACAGGCGUCGUUUCAACGAAUUGUGAGGUAAUUUAAGCUUUACACUGAAUGUGUGAUCGCCCUCUGUAGUGCAUUGUGCAUGAGCGAAAAGUUUAUAUAUUCAUAAAUAAUUAUUUACUUUUACAUUUAAAGUAGGUUCUGCUACAUAUUUACAUUUAUACAUUAUGAAGUUUGUUUGUAUGUAUCUUAGAAACGACUAAUCAUUUAACCCAUUUGAAAGAAAGCCAAGAAAUCAGAGCCGAUCAUUCGUUAUGCGUACAAUAUAAAAUAUUUAAAUAUUAUUUGCUAAUUAUUAUUAACGUUUUUAAUCAUAAGUUUGUAACAAUUACUAACUAGAUUACACAAGUUAUAUUGUUUGUUAAAAUUAUUUUCCAAGUAUUGAUAAAUUAUAGGUAUGUAAUAUUGUUAAUUAUAUCAAGUUUUCGGGUAAACAUUUCAUGCAAUACAAUUUUAAUACUUUUCUGAUUAAAUUUAUGAUGAUGCUCUGAAAACAAGUUAUAUGUAAUGGGGUGGGCACGAGCGAGAUAUUGGGUGCACCUUGUUUAAAAUUUUACGGUGCGUCUCGUCCAAGUCUUUUCUUUUGUUAAAUAUUUUUUAUUUGACUAUUUUUGUGGGACAACUACUAGGAGUCAGUCUUUAGCAACAUUGGUGGGGGUGUAAAUAAAAUGAACUGCAUAGGGAAAACUCCUCCGAUUUUCGUCCGAUUUUAUCCAACGUUUUUUUAGAAAACGUAUAAUUUAAUUAUCUUCAAAAUUACUUACUGACAUUUGGAAGUGUCUUGUGACAUUUUGUCAAAAAAUGGAAAAAGCAACUUUCAAAUAGCCAAAAUAUGGUCUAAAUAUUAACCGAUUGAGCCAAAUAAUCAAAACGCACUAUGUAGUUCAUUACAUUCUUUGCAACUUUGGUUUAAAACUGCAGCCAUAAUCAUUAGUGAAUGUGCACUCACUAAUGCUCACGGUCUGAGUUCACCCCGUUCCCGCUUAAUAUAAUUAAAUAAAAAUAUAUAAAAUAAGACGUGGCCGUUUCACGCCCCCUUUUGGAUCCAAGUUCAAGAGGACGGCGAGACAACCACGAAGAUUCCGAUUCCAGUCUUCUGCUGACAUGGGCGUAGCCAAAGGGGGGGCUAGGGGGGCUGAAGCCCCCCCUGUAUGGCUCGUCAAAUAUGAAAAACUAAAUAAAUUUACAAAUCUCAAUAAUAUAAGAAUAUUUACUACAUAUUAAUAUUUUCAAUACAAAAUAUUUUCAAUAAAAACUCAAUAGUCUCAAUUGCAUCUUUUCGUCUCAAUCUCCUUUAGUUGCGGGAGUUUCGUACCGCUUGGAUCAAGUUUUUGUCACCUACUACGGUGGAAAAUAUAAGUUUUUUGCCUUUGUCAAAGUUAUCGUUUAAAAUAUUAAUUUCCGCAAAUAAAAUUUAAAAUAUUAAAAUAAAAUAUAAGUUUAAAAUAUUAUUUAUGAGAAUUUGACCUAUAAUCUAUCUGUCGUUAGGAUUAAAUGCUCCAGUAUAAAAAUGAAGAAAAGGCAAACAUCGUUGCCAGAUUUUGUGACAAAAAAACCAAAAGGUAAUUCCACGUUAAAAGAGGAAAAUCCAGCUCAAGUUAUUGACGGGCUGAUGGCAGAUAAACCUGAGGUGGACGAUCAAGGUGAAGUAAUUUCAUCUGGUGACGAUACCAGAUCAUCCCGUGAGUUAAAUUUAAUUAGUGCCAUUUGUGUUUAAUAAGUUUUUCAUAAUUAGGAAAAAUUGUGCGAGGCCAAUUUUAUUUAUUUUUUGAUACUUUAUAUUCUUGUAGGACGCACCAUCGGGAUGUUGGAUAUUGGAAAUUUCGUUGGAAGUCAUCCCAAUGAUCACACGUGUCUCGAUAUUUUGCUCUCGGUCUGGGUUCCAGAUUCAGCAUUUGAUUUCCUUGUCGAAGAAGGUGGCAAUAGGAAAUUCCAAUUCGCAUGGCUGCAACAAUUUUCCGGGUUAUCCUACUCUGCCCACCUGGACGGUGCGUUUUGUCGAUACUGUUUUCUUUUCGCGAAGAAGUCAGGCGCGAGCACGACUGGCGGACAACCCCUUGGCAAGUUAGUGGCUGACCCAUACAGAAAAUGGAAGAACGCGCUGGAAAACUUUAGGAAGCACGAAAAACUGGAUUAUCAUCUCACAAGUCUUUUGGAUGCUGACUGCUUCGUACAAAUUCAAAAUGGGAAGAAGCUUCCUAUUACUGCUAAUCUAAACAACGCAGCAGAAGAAGAAAUAUAAAAGGGGAAAUUGGUUUUGGGUCCAAUAAUUAAGACGCUAUUGGUUUGUGGCAGACAAGGCCUGGCCUUGAGGGGUCACCAAGACAGCCGGAAAUUGUCGCUGGACCAGCCUGAAGAAAACGACGGAAAUUUUCGUGCCCUCUUGCGUAUGCGGAUUGAAAGCGGGGAUGACACCACCCUUAGAAAUCACGUUACGACAUGUCCAAAAAAUGCAAGUUACUUAAAUCCAGAAAUUCAAUACGAACUGCUAGAUUUAUCGAGCCGUCAAAUUCAAGACGUAAUCGUGAAGGAGAUUAAUUCAUCAAAGUGUUUCAGCGUGAUCGCAGAUGAGACAACGGAUGUAGCCGGAAUCUCACAGAUGGCGCUAUGUGCAAGAUACGUGACUAAAUUGGAAAAUCGCCAUGUAAUCAAGGAGAGCUUCUUGACAUUUGCAGCAGUUGAAUCUGGUACAGGUGAGGCAAUCGCAAUAAAAAUGAAGAACGAGCUGGAAAGGCUUGGGAUCGAAUCCAAGUAUUUGCACGGGCAGGGGUAUGACGGAUGCAGCGCCAUGAAAGGCAACGUUAAAGGAGUCCAAGCUAAGGUUAAGGAACGUAUUAAUCCGAAUGCCUUAUAUGUACAUUGUAGCAGCCAUAGCCUUAAUCUUGCCCUCACCGAUGCAUGCAAAAUCAAGGAUAUCAGAAACACUUUUCAAUCCCUCAAUGAAGUCUUUAAAUUUGUUCGUUCUUCUGCAAAAUGGUCCUCAAUUUUAGCAAAAAUUUCAGGAGAAAGCCAGACAAACUUCAACCAUACAACACUGCUUUCAUUCUGUGAAACUCGAUUCGUUGAGCGACAUUCUUCGGUUCUUCGUUUCGUGGAACUUUAUGACUGCAUAAUCGAUGUCCUUGAAAUACUGGAAAACGAGGGAGAUGCCAACACUUCCAACAAGGCUCAUCAGCUUCUAGUCUGUAUUACAAAUAUUCGAUUUGUUUUACCAAUGUGCGUGAUAGAAAAAAUCUUUUCAAUAACCAUUUCGCUGUCCAGGCAGCUUCAAAGCCCUGACCUGGAUUUAUUAGCGUGCCUCGAAAUGGCAGAAAACAUCUUGCUCCUGCUCACAGACAUGCAACAGAAUGCUGCCCAAGAAUUUUCAAAAAUUUUCAAGGUUGUAUCCGCAACUUGUGCAAAACAAUGCGUCUCUGUAGAUCUCCCAAGGUCAGCCAAACUGGAUUUCCGGAAAUGUGCGGCAGGGUCAGAAAAUCUAAUAGAUGCUGAGUCGUUUUAUCGUUCCACAAUCUUUGAACCAUUUUUGGAAAGUGUAAUUGAAUCUGUGACGCUAAGAUACCGAGACCAUAAAAAUGUAAUUAGUCGACUACAAAGGGUUAUUCCCAUCUAUUUGGGUGAAGCAAACUUUGGAAACGAACUUUAUGACUUUUACCAGGAUCAAGUACCUGACGGAGAAGAAGUCUUUAACUCAGAACUUCAACUAUGGAAGGCCAAAUGGAAUUCUGUGGAAGUACGUCAAAAACCACGGAAUGCCCUCGAGACACUUGACCAAUGCGACCCAAUGUUUUUUCCAAACGUUAAUUUCUUGCUAAGAGUACUGGCAACAUUGCCGGUCACUACAUGUUCAUCAGAACGGUCUUUCUCCACUCUUAGGCAGCUCAAAAAUUAUUUGCGUAACACAACUGGUGAAGAUCGAUUAACAAGUUUGGGCGUUCUUUAUAUUCAUCGCAAUUACACUGUGGACGUGAAUUUAGUAAUCGAACAGUUUGUUACGAUUAAACGCCGCUGGAUGUUGUCUUAGACUAAAUCUGUAUUGAAUUGCAGUGAUAAUAUUUUAUGCGCUUACUUGUUAGAUGUUAAUGCACAAAAACUUGUUUAAUAAUUUUAACAUGAGGUACUUAGUACAGACAUAUGUAGUGUUACAAUAUCAAAUAAUUUAGCAUAUUAGCUGUAAGUGUUUAGUAAAUUUUGCAAUAAACCACAGCAAUUAAUUUGCUAUAACCUACACAAAAAAUUAUGACUCGUUUAUGUUAAUUUCUAAAUUUUUUGCCGUCAGCCCCCCCCAGACCACAAUCCUGGCUACGCCUCUGUCUGCUGAACACGACAAGUUUUCUCUUUCUCACUCUUCUCUCUCAUAAAAAUAACAAUUUAAGUUUCCUAAAAUUAUAAAAAUUCAGUCUAUGAUUAGUCGCUCCCAUUACAUACACGCAUAUGUACAUAAUUAAGCUAUUUCCAUAUUUAAUAUCAAGUUAUUCAUUCAAUCAAUAAAAUAAGCAAUAUAAAAACGACAAAAUCCCAUCUAUGUACACUAGUGCUCGCACCGUUUCGGAUUAGAAACGGAAACGAAACGCGUUUCCGUUACGUUUCCGUUUCUCAAAUUUUUGAAACGCGAGAUGUCGUU